AUGCGUUCCUCAUUCAUCCUUGCAUGUCUACUGGCUCUCGCAUGCAUCUCUACAGCAUCAAUCGACGUCUGUGCCGCUGCCGUCGGGGACCAGGCUCCAGAAGUCAUAUUCCCCCAAAACUCGCAUUUCGCCGUCCUGCUCAAGCCUCUUCGUGGUGUCAUCGACGCCUUCUUCAAACGACUCCCACUCAAGAAGAAGAAGGAGACUGAGCGCCAGCCUUGGUCAAUCACCACCUAUCCGACCUACGCUCACAAGACCGACGAUGGCUGGAGAGCACAUAUCCACGGCAACCUCCAUCACCGACAGCCUUACGACGACAACCAGUUGAACAAGCUCCUCAAGAGUUUCCUCAUCCGCACUCGUCUUGAAGAAAAGAAAUGGAAGAUCUGGCAAAGCGGCUACCGCACACUCAACGAUACCGAGCUCGCACAGGGAAGGCCCAUCGCGCAUGAAGUCGCCUCAGUGCCCAUCUGCCAUGGUACAAUAGGCGCCGUCGUCGAUGCCUGCGAUGAAGGCUCCAUUCUUCCGAUCGCCACCAACCAAGAAGGCUCGUUCUAUGGAACAACCACUGUAUCCGACUCAUGUGCUCUCGCAAACAACAAGAGCAACAUCGACAUUCCCUCCCAGCAGUUCACUCUCGUCCCUUGCAACCUCCGCAGCGGCAUUGACGAGAAUGUCAAGAACUCUGCGGGGGUCUUGUUCGUCCCUCCAACAGGUGUCACCAUCAUUGCCGACCUAGAUGACGUACUGCGUGUCACCAACGUAUGGAACGUGAAGCAGGCACUCUUGAAUGUUUUCGUCCGUCCAUUCACUGCAUGGAGAAACAUGCCUGACGUUUUGUAUGAUCUCAAGGCACGCAUCGAGGCCGAAGGCCAGAAUGUGCACUUCCAUUAUCUGACAGAUGCUCCCGAGGCUAUUUCAAGCUCUUACAUCGAUCACAUCUUCGACAUGUAUCCCAAAGGAUCUUUCGACUUCCGUCCAAUGAACUUCACCAAGACCCGAGAGAUGAUUCAUGCCCGUCAAUACAACGUGAAAAGACUCAUGGAGAGCUUUCCAAGCCGAAGAUUCAUCUCAAUUGGGGACACCACCAACGCCAUGGGCAGGUUUCCCAAAGACAUGAACGAUUUCUAUCCUCGCAUCCAAUGCAUCCUUGUCCGAGAUGUCUCAGCUACAGAGAGGUCCAACUGGGUCACCCCUGACACUCGCCCCUUCCUCAAUCUUGAUGAUACCGAAUACCUCUUCUUCCGCGUCCCCGACGAUCUCAAGCGCCUGUCAGGGAAGCAUCUGGCAUCACUCGCACCACAGGUUGAGGGAGCGCCAAAGACUUUUGGCUGCUUCGACUCCGAUCACAAGCUGGUCCAGGCCAUGGAGCCAUGCUCUGCACGUUGGAACAAGGUCAAGAGUUUUGCCAGGGCAGCUUGGUGGAACAUCAAGUGUGCCGCGAUCCUGCCGAUGUGGAGACCCAAUCCCAAGUGUCCCUUCGACCGUAUCGCAGGGGAGAAGUAUCAUGACGGGUUGAUUGAGCAAGAGGUGGAGUUGGAGCCAUACACUGACAACAUGCCAUGGGAAGAAAUGGCCGUGGAUCAUCCUGGCAGUCCAGAUGAAUCAGCAGAUCCAGAUGACGACGAGGAUGCAGAUGGUGAUGAUGACCGAGAUGGUGAUGAUGACCGAGACGAUGAUGAAGAUCCAGAUGAGGAGGAGGACCUGGAAGAAGAUAACGAGGACCACGAGAAGAAGGGCCAUGACAUGGGCCACCACGAUGGACUUUGA